AUGUGGAAAUCUGCUCUCCCCACCUUGGUGACCGACCUCUCCCUCCUGCAGACCGGCCGCUGUCUAAGCUGCCAAUUUCGCAACCCAACAACUCUCUCCAAGCUACGGACCAAACCAUUUUCUCUGCGCCAAUACUCCAGCAAGCCCGGAGAAACCGUCGACGACAAGUCCGCUACCCCCGCUCCCGUAAAAAGAACCAUAAGAAACGAGGGACACCGCCUACCGACUGCCAUCGAAUUCAAACAGAACCAGAAUGGGCCUCAGCCCGGCGACGCAGACUUUGUUCCUCCAACCCUAGACCGACCUAUCGGGAGCCCGCAAGCACCAUUAGAAGGACAGAACACAGGUAUUGACACGCGGUCGAUGCGCCAGCGGCGCGACGACUUCACCAACUAUGACCGACACAUCAAGCGGCGCAGGGAACUGACAAAACAAGUCGCCAAGCCGUAUUUCCGCGAAUGGUCCAAUCUCCGCUUCGCCGAGGGCAAGACCUUUGUCUCGAACCCACGGCUGUUCAAAGCCGAUAAAGCCCUUUACUUCCCGAACAUGCACGGCAUAACUCUGGCAUCACCUAAGGAUCCCCAGAACACGACAACCCAGCUCCGCGGCAGCAUCUCCGUCGUAAACUUAUUCUCAAGCUUGUGGGCUGAAAGCCAAGUUGCGACGUUUACGGGGCCAAAGCAGAACCCGGGACUUGUAGAGGCGCUGGCUAGCGGCGGAAGACAUGUGCAGAGGAUUGAUAUCAACCUCGAGGAGAACCGGUUGAAGGCGUUUCUGGUCAAGACCUUCAUGUGGCGGAUGCGGCAGAAGUUGCCAGCGCAGCAGCAUUCGCGCUACUUCCUUGUGCAGAAGGGCUUCGACCAGUCACUGAAGGAGACUAUUGGCAUGAUGAAUUCCAAGGUCGGUUAUGUCUACCUGGUUGAUUCGGAGUGCCGCAUUCGCUGGGCGGGCAGUGGACCGGCCGAAGCGUCUGAAUUGGAGGGACUUAAUGCUGGCUUGCGGAAGCUUAUUGAGGAGAAGAAUGCCGCUCUCCGGGCGCAGGACCCUUCUCGCAAGUAUUGA